AUGUUCAUAAGCUCCACACACACUUUUGAUCUCAAAUUCAAUUCACCACUCCAAUAAUGGAGAUUGUGGCCUAUUUCUCUCCAUCCACCACCACCUCCUUCUGCCGCCGCUCCCUUCCACCCCUCCGCCCCUUCAAUUCUCUCUCAUCCACCUCCGCCAAUAAACUCGCUUUCCACCACCACCACCACAAGUUUCCAGUCCUCCGCCCCCGAGAAAACCCCCCAAAAAUAUCCACCAUUACUUCCGCCUCCAACGAUGACUCACCCGCCGCCACAGAAUCAAAAUCUCAGCCACCACCUGCACUUCCGCCUCCGCGAGGAGGAGGCGCCAAACUCAUCCCGUUGAUAUCCUCACUCGCAAUCGGCGCCGCCGUCUUCUUCCUCAUCCCGCGGCCACCCGAAGUCACGCCUCAAGCGUGGCAAUUGCUCUCAAUUUUCCUCUCCACCAUCGCCGGACUCGUCCUCAGCCCACUCCCCGUCGGCGCGUGGGCGUUCCUCGGCCUCACCGCCACCAUCCUCACCAACACCCUCCCGUUCGCCGCCGCCUUCUCCGCCUUCACCAACGAGGUGAUUUGGCUGAUUGUCAUCUCGUUCUUCUUCGCCCGGGGUUUCGUGAAAACAGGGCUCGGCGACAGAAUCGCCAUGUAUUUCGUGAAAUGGUUGGGGAAGAGCACCCUAGGGCUGUCGUACGGGCUGACUCUAAGCGAGGCGUUGAUUGCUCCGGCGAUGCCGAGCACCACCGCCAGGGCCGGCGGCGUUUUCUUGCCUAUUAUCAAGUCGUUGUCGUUGUCGGCGGGGAGUUGGCCGGAAGAUCCCUCAAAGAAAAAACUUGGUUCGUUUUUAGUACAGUGCCAAUUUCAGUCUUCUGGUAACUCUAGUGCUCUUUUCCUAACUGCUGCAGCUCAAAACCUGCUAUGUCUCAAGCUAGCCGAACAACUCGGUGUCGUUGUUUCCAACCCGUGGGUUUCGUGGUUCAACGCCGCUAGUUUGCCUGCUUUUCUCUCUCUUAUAGCUACACCGUUGAUAUUGUACACUCUCGAUCCACCGGAAACCAAAGAUACACCGGAUGCACCUGCCAUGGCUGAAAAGAAGUUGGAGCUUAUGGGUCCCAUGUCGGAAAACGAAUUGGUGAUGAUCGGUACAAUGAUUCUUGCGGUCUCUCUCUGGGUUUUCGGGGACGCACUCGGUAUUUCGAGUGUUCUUGCAGCAAUGCUUGGAUUAUCGAUACUCUUACUAACGGGGGUGCUAGAUUGGGAAGAUUGCUUGAGUGAGAAAUCGGCAUGGGAUACUCUGGCUUGGUUUGCCGUUUUAGUAGGCAUGUCAAGUCAAUUAACCGAGCUUGGCAUUGUGAGCUAUUUGUCGAACUUUGUGGCCGUAAAUUUGCAGUCAUUAUCGCUGAGCUGGCCCUAUGCGUUUGUUGUACUUCAAGGUAGCUAUUUCUUGAUUCACUAUUUGUUCGCGAGCCAAACGGGGCAUGUUGGAGCUUUGUACGCUGCUUUUCUUGCUAUGCAUUUGGCUUCGGGUGUGCCUGCUGAGCUGGCGGCGUUGGCUCUUGCUUAUAAUACGAGUUUGUUUGGUGCUUUGACGCAUUAUAGCAGCGGCCAGGCGGCUGUCUAUUUCGGAGCCGGUUAUGUAGAUUUGCCGGACGUUUUCAAAUAUGGGUUCAUCAUGGCGCUUGUCAAUGCACUAAUAUGGGGUGUUGUCGGCACGUUUUGGUGGAAGUUUUUGGGGCUGUACUAAUUUCGAACUUUCGAUGUGACAUAAUUUUUUGUCUCA